CUUAAAGGGAACGUAUGGUCAAAAAUUUAAUUUUGAUAUGUGAAAACUGGUACCUUCUAGACAACAAAACCUAGCAUAGAAAAAAUAAUUGCUGCUGAUAACAAGAUAUAAUCUGUCAUUUACACUGAAAAUUCAGCUGUAUGGGAGAAUCUCUUAUCAUGGCGGCUGAUGACGUACAUGCGGCAAUUCAUUACCGCUGCUGUGCCUAUAGGGAUAGCAUUAAUGGUUGCAGAGUAACACACUUUCCAAUAUCUAUAAUAAUGCCUGAGUGUCAAGCGAAAUUUUGCACUGUGGUUAGAGGAAAAGGAAUAUCUACCUUUAGCAUCCCCAAUCCCCAAAAAAAUUAUGAACUUUGUGCAAGAUGGAUCCAUAACCUAGGAAAUGCAAAAUUAAAUCCAAAAACAUUUGUUUUUUCAAGAGAUAAAAUUGUAUGUGAACGGUAUUUUGAGAAAGAUUGUUUUAAAGAGGAUAAAAAGGUAAGUACCAAAUAUAUUUUGCUUUUUUUCUCAGUAAAUAUUAAUGAUUCUAAAUGUAUAAAUAAUCAGUGUUUAUUUACAACCUUAAAAACUUUAACUUAUGAUCAUUUUCUAAUUUGAUUUAAUUCAAUUUAUUUUGAUAUCCUUAUCCAGUGAACAUUUUUGUACUGGCUAGAGAUGAAGGAUAAACACUGUAUUCUACUUAUUCUUUAAGUUAAAUUAAUUUUUAUUUAGGCUAAAAUAAUGGGAUACACACCAAAGAGAAAACUAUUAAAAGAAGAUGCACUGCCUACAAUAUUUGAUGACAGCAAGCCCAAGAAAAUAAGGGAAAGUAGUUCAAAAAGAUAUGAGAAAAAGGAAAAGCAGGAGCUAAUCAAUCGUCUUCUGGAAAACACAUGUACAGAACCUUGUGACCAACCUGGACCAUCAACAUCUAAGGAAACGGAUGUACCAAUAAAUCAAAGAAAGAGAAAACUACCAGGAAAAAUAAAAUCCUCCAAAAAAAUAAAGCUCAAUGAAGACAUGGAUAUCCCAGUUUUUAUCCAUACUGAAGAUAAAUCAACUUCCUGCAACAUAGAGAUCGAAUUGCCCAAUCAUUGUUCAGCAUGUGUGCUAAGGAAUGAUCCAACGAUCUCAAUAUCAGAUCAUGCUUAUUUCAAAACUCCAACUCUCACAUCUACACCUAUGAAAAAGCCUGUCACAGAUUCCUUACAACAUGUACAUUCUCUGCGACUUGAAAGAAUGUCACAAUGUCCACAAGAGCACCAAUUUUUAUCAUUUCUUCUGUCAUUUUCAUCAAUCCAUUCCAAAUCACUAGUGUUUUCAUUUGAAGCUGCCAAUAAUUCCUCUUCAUUAAACUCGGGCUCAUAUUGAUAUCCUUUGCAGUCAGACAUGACCAGCUGCUUUCACUCGGAGGCAACUGCCCGGUAUACGUCAUAAGCAGAUGGGAUUGUGGGAAAUAUCUUAAAAAGCGAUAACUUUAUCUUGCAAAAUGGCAGCCUCCAGCAGCUGAUGUUUAGCUCUAUUUAUGAGCUGAUUUCUACACAACUGAUUACAAUCAGAUAAAAAUAACCAGUGGGAUUAAUUACCAACUAUAAAGUAUUUAAGAUGUGAA